CAAAAUGAAAGUUAGGAUUUUUCUUUUUGUUGAGCAAAACUUCCGUUUACCUGCCAGGCCAUAUAAGGUUAAAGUUGAGAGCUCAAUUUUCACUAAUUUUCAUCCUUUCCAUUCUCCACAUGCUAUAUAUAUACAUCCAUGCGCCACACGCCUCGGACACAUACUCCAACUACCUACCGAAAAAAAUGGCAGCUUCUCUCUCCGUCGGCACUAUGUGGAGCAGCACAUCCUUCCCGGCGGCGGCGGCGGAAAGGAGCCGGAGCGCGGGCUCUCUCGUCGGAAAGGAGCAACCGGGAAUCAACAAGCGGUCCUCCGUCGCGUACGGCGGAGCCGGAAGGCCGAGCCGCCUGAUCGCCGCCGCGACGACCUACAAGGUGACGCUGGUGACUCCGAAGGGGAAGAAGGUGAUCAAGUGCCCGAAGAACGAGUACAUCCUGGAUGCGGCGGAGGAACAGGGACUGGACCUGCCUUACACGUGCCGCGCCGGAGCUUGCUCCACCUGCGUCGGAAAGAUCGUCUCCGGCAAGGUUGACCAGUCCGUCGGGACCUACCUCGACAGCGCUGAGAUCAAGAAAGGAUUCGUCCUCACCUGUAUUGCUCGCCCCCUUUCUGAUUGUGUCAUUCAGACUCACAAGGAACAUGAACUCCCUUAAUUUCUUUUACUCGGGGUAAUUUGGUCAAAUAAUUACUGUAUUGUUGUUCUACUUAAUUUUUCAAUAAUUGGUUUUCUUUGUUGUGUUUGUGUCUACAGAAUAAUACUAUUACAAUAAUACCAAUAUUGAUACUACUAGAUUACUAGUAGUAUCAACUUUGGUUGUACAAUCUUUGUGUAUAUGUUUUUCGAAAAAUGGCCAAUUUGCUUGUUUAGA